AUGCCUCCCAUCCGAACCGCCAAAAGCAACUCAGCAGCUGAUGCCCCAGCUCCCGGCACCGACGCUGACCAUAUCGACGACAUUUUGGUCCUGCCACGUCGAGUUCGUGAAAAGAUCUGGCGUUUUCUUUUCAAUUUCAGCGACGUCAGCUACGAUGCAAAGAAUGGUGCCGGAGAUCUCACCAACGAAGCUGUCGUCCGUCUAGCCAAAGGUCUCCCCAACUUCAGAACCGUCAGUCUCCCCAGCGCAGACCAAGUCGGCGACGAGGGUUUCCUCGGCUUGAUCUCCAACUGCCCAGACCUAAGGCUCCUCGAGAUCACCCCGUCUAGCACCAGCACAUGCGGCUGUAUCAAGAUCAGUGCGAAAGCGCUAGAUGAGCUCUGUGCACUUCCGGAGUGGGUUCCUGGUCUCAAGCAGUUGAUUGUCACGAAUGAUGAGAAUAACAAGGAGUUCAUGAAGUCGAUGCGUGCGCUAAGUAAGCGGAGGGAGAAGUUGGUGGUUACACUUCUUGAUCGCAGGGAGGAGAAGAAAUGGGGAGACUGGGAGAUAACCACGUUACCGCAACAUUUCAUGAAGGGUCGCAAAUAUGAUCAUAAACUAAAAGCUGACAUCUUUCUGAGUUGUGGCCAUACUCGCAAAAUGAAGAUGGGCCCAUUUGAGCGUGGGCAACGAUAUACUGGAUUGACAAAACAGUGUCAGUCGUACUAUGAGCAUCAUAAAAUGCAUGCUACAGCCUGUGAGGCGAGAGCAAAAGAACUGUUCAAAGCAGUGACAACCAUUGCCGCUGCUCAGGGUAAAACAUGGGAUCAGGUUCUCGGCUUAUCUGGUGAUUUCAGCAACAUUAUCUUCGACGGAGGUUUCGAGUAUAACGGUCCUGAGAGUGUCGGAAAGUCUCUAUCUUUCACGCAGUGGUUCUUUCUGGCCUCGCUCGCUGGACUUGGUCAUGAGUUUGCUGGCUCAUCGGCACUUUUUUACUACGUCGGUUGCACACUUGGGAUCGCAGCUGAUAGCUAUCCUGUUAAUGUUCGAAUGCCCGUCGCUUCACUCUUUCGCCUUGCCAGAGAGCCCGGAUCUCGUCAAUUACCUCGGGGCCUUCCAUGGGCUCGUAUGAGUCAGUUCUUUCGACCAACUGGUGGAAACUACAAUGUGCCUAUCAUUGGACUUGAGUUGUUCUCUGGUGAAUUACCUUACGAAGACUCGAGGAGGACAAUUCAUGAUCUCGCGGCGAUGCGACUGGACGCUUGUGCACAUUCGAUUUUGAUGAAAGCAAUUUUCGAUGCCAUUUCGAAGCUUACAAGCCAGGCUACAAAAUGUGCCGAAGAUCCUUCAGCUGCGAUGUCAUUUGACAGUCCUAAAGAAUUUGGCACGACCAUACAGUCUCUGAUCAAGGUAUUCGAAAGUGUCGCGGGUCAAGCCUUGGAGUGGACAGGAGAUUAUGACAGGAUCUACCAAAAAGCAUAUAUGGGUGAUGACCCUGAUCUGGCAGAUCAUGUCUUUGAGCUAGAGAAAGCAUCUCCUUCAGAUAUCAUCAGAUUCGAAGUCUCCUACGAUUUCGCCGUGGACUCUCUUCUGGCUGAGACAAAAGCCAAUGACGGUAUCCGGUUUGGCGGCUUUGGCCGCAAUAAGAAGUCGAUCUUUCUAGAUGAUGACGAAGCGAUCACAGGAGCAACAUGGAGCACAGGAGUUCUAGCUGAGGAUACUACCAAGAAGGUCAUAUUCAACUUGAUUAUCAACACUACGGAAAGAAAGCUAGGGCCUUUUGGUACUGGUGGUGAUAGGAUCAAGGCAAAUGCUGGGAGACAAACGUUUCAAGUCCCUGAAAAGAUGAAAGUAUACGGUCUCAUUGACUCAGCUGGUAAAUAUAUCGAGCACCGAGGCGAUGUUAUCAUGGAGAGUGGGCGAUUUAUCGCGGAGCUUAGAUUUAUUGUUGGUCCUAAAUAG